GGGAAACAGAGGAAAGAGGAGGAGAAGCAGGAGCUGAGGCGAUGAUUCGGGUGGCAACUAAGCUGUCACGGGCGGCGAAAACCGUGGCUCGAAGCGGCAUCGUUUUCGGUAGACCACCACCAAUCAUCUCCCAGACACCACCGCUAGCACCGCCACCGCUUCUGCUGUCGGUCAGGUCGUUAUCUACGAAAACAAAAACGACCACCGAGGGAAACCCAGUCGCGCUUGAAAUGAUCAACUACGCCAUCUCUUACGCCCGCUCAGGUAAAUCAGACAAGGAAGAUGAAACAUACGCGCGAGCUCUACUAGUUCUGGAACAGUGCCUGGCUAUUCAGCAAGAUGACAAUUCCAAGGGAAUGGUCCUACUUGGCAUGUCAACCUUAUUCUAUGAAAGAGGGAAUUUCUCUGAAGCCAUUGAUAGACUCCACAAAAUUGAAGAUCUAAACAUCUCUUCCAUGGGGGUUAGAGUUGCUGCUACGGAAGCUCUUGUUGGAAUCUAUUUAGAAUUGGGUCAGGAUGAUACUGCAUCAGCAGUUGCAGAGGUAUGCAGGCAACUGAUGGAUGCAAUAAAACUAGAAAUUGGUACUGGGUUCGUCCUUGAGGAUCUAGAUGCUCACACUAAGGCAAUAGAAGGACUAGUCAAGCUUGUAGGCGGUAAACUUAAAAAAGCGGAAUCAUUCUUUCUAGGUGUUGAAGAUGACAAAUAUUUCACCGGGAAUGUUGCACUAUCUUACGGGGAAUUCAAGCAUAUCCUACGUGAUUUUUCAAUGGCAAAGAAGUUAUAUGGAAUGGCAACGCAGGAGAUGCCUGAUGAUAAUAAAGAUUUCAAAAUUCCAUAUUACUUGGCUGCUUGUAAUAUGGUAUCCGAGGAAGUUGAGAUGGCAGCUACUUGCACAUUAGGACAACUUGAAUCACACCUGGGGAAUUUUGGUGUUGCGGAGGAGAUAUUAACUCGAGCAUUAACCAUAGCGGAAAAACAUUUUGGCUCACAUCAUCCCAAGGUUGGGGUUAUCCUAACCUGCAUAGCUCUCAUGUUCCGACAGAAAGCAAUGCAGGAGCAAUCAAGUUCCCUUUUGAUUCAAGAGGGACUUUUCAGACGGGCAUUAGAUUUGCUGAAGGGUCCUCCGUUGGAGGUUGAAGGUGCGCUUGCAGAGGAUUGUAGAAGGGAUAUAUUGGCUCUUGCGAGAGGUGGAUAUGCAGAAACGUUGUGUGUUCAACAGAAUAGGAAGGAUGAAGGAGAGAAAUUGAGGAGUUUGGCAGAGUCUGCCUGGAGAAACCCCCGGCUGUCUCUGGCUGAGGCACUAGAUGUAUCAGAGCAUUCUUCCAAAGUGCCAGUUGUUGAUGCUCGAAUAAGCAGGGUCCUCUAGUUUCUCCUUGUAUCGGCACCGUGGUAGCUUCCCAAUGUUUGUUGGCUAUGCAUAGCAGAUGUAGUGAAGAGUUUGUUUAUUCCUGCGGAUGUGUAACAGUGUAAAUAUACUUCCACAAGAUCUGCUGAUGUAUGUACAUUUGUAUCUCCUUCCUUCCUCUUUCUUUUUUUAGUAUUAUUUUUAUUUUUUUCCUUUUCUUUUCUUAGAAACCUAGUCGUACAUAAGCCAUGCAGUAGAGUAAGUAAUAAGAGUUGUAUGGUUGUCCCAACUCGUGUAAUGGGUAAUAAAGUUGAGGGUCUAUUUUAAAGUGCAA